UUUGAAGCGGCAUUUCGUAUGUCAUUUUUCGGUGAUGUACAAGCACGACGGGAUACGGAACAAAUGCAAGCAGUUCGCGAUCAGGCCGAUUGGCUUCUGACGAAUAUCAUCCCACAGCAUGCCAUCGAUUCACUGAAAUCAAGCACCAAAUACUCCGAGAAUCACGCCAUGACAGCUGUUCUUUUUGCUACAAUCACCAACUGGAAUGAAAUGUAUGAGGAAACUUUUGAAGGUGGACGAGAAUUUUUACGGGUUUUAAAUGAAAUUAUUGGAGAUUUUGAUGAGCUACUGGAUAGGCCUGAUUUUUCACAGGUCGAAAAAAUCAAAACAAUCGGGCCUACUUAUAUGGCAGCAUCAGGGCUCAAUCCGGAUCGAAGGCGUCUGGCACUUCAUCCCUACGAACAUCUGUAUCAGUUAUAA